UAAGUUAAUAACACUUCUUCCACGGCUAUAAUUUUCAAGUUGAAAUUAAAAAUGAAGCUGGCCAUUAUUUUCCUGUCCGUUUGUGUGGCCAUUUCUCACCAACAAUAUUUCCACCCACGGAUGAUGAUGGGACAUCCCUGGAUGUCUCCAUUCGCCCAGUAUCCCAUGUAUUUCAAUAAUUACAUGGAGGACCCAUACAUGAGCCAGCGUGAGGACAUGUAUGAUACUGAAGACGUUCAGGCGAGAGUUAAGGGCUCGUUUCAACAAAGAGGAGAAAAUCGAUUUUUAUCAGGAAGUGGAUCAACUUCCAUUGGCAAUCCUUUAUUGAAAACGGUUACCUUUACCAUCACGUCCACCUGCACUGCUCUGAGCGUCACGACGUGCGUGGCCAUUUCAAAUUUGUCGCCCAAUCCGGUCGCUUGUAACGGACGCCGGAAACGAUUCGCCGAGUACAACGACGAGCAAGGCGAAGACAUUGGGGCCCAAUACCCAAUCAUCCCCAGCGAAGUUCGCAUCGUGAUGCCAACCGAGGAGCCGAGUUCAGGUCUGACACGACCAUCCCGUCAAUUACCAUUUGGCAUUUCGUCGUCGAUUGAUGAGGAGAAUGAACUCGCCGGUAUCGGGAAAAUACAGCAGCGGGGCAAACGAUUCUUCCAACAAUUCUGGAACGCUUUUGCGACUGGAGUAACGUCGACUACCUGGUCGGUCGUCUCGAGUACCUUCACCUCGACCCUGGCCAUUCCUGGUGUUAGCACCGUCCUGCCGUGUCUGCCGGCCGGUUACGGCAUUUGCCAAAUUGCGGUUGGCAAGUAAAGGGAAAUCCUUUAAAUUUUUUUGUUUAAUAUUUGACAAAUCAGUACGGUUAUCUUA